CACACAGUGCUUGCAUCACUCCCCCCUCCAGCUGUUGCCACGGCAACAAGGGAGCCUGCAGCAUCCUUGGGUACCACAGCAUCCCUGGGUACCACCUGCCCUCCCAUCCCUGCUGGGGGAGGGGCUGGCCCUGCUGAGACACAGGACAGGACAACACCCACUGUGAGACAUGGAGGUGCCUCUGCCUGCAAUCCCAGCAGCACUGAGCAGCCUGGCUGUGACCCAGGCAUGUGGCAGCUCUCGGCUGUGAAUCUGGGCUUCUGCACAGUGACCCCACGACACAGCAGUGUGUUGGGAUGCUCCUGGUCCAGCCUGGCCUUGCUGAGCACCCAGUGCUGCCCGCACAGCCACGUGUCCCCACCGCCAGCCCCGCUCUGAGUCACACACAGCAGCGGCUCACAGGCGGUGGCAGCUCUCAGCCGUGCAGGAAGGAGUCACACUGCUCCCUUCACACUGCCCCAAACCCCCCUUGGGAAGCAGGGAGUGUGCUCUGAUCACUGGGUCCCGGCUGUGGGAUCCCACACAGAGACGGGGACAGCGACGUGAGCACUGCUGGUGACAACGCUGGGACAGGGAAGGAUGUGCUGAACCCCCCCCCAGGCCAGAUGCCCACCCUGCAGCCCUCCUGCAGCUGCAGCCGCGGCCCCAGCGUGGCACAGGGGAAGUGGUACGGGGUGCGCUCCUACCUCCACCUCUUCUAUGAGGACUGCACCGGGGCCGGCCCUGAUGGGGGCACAGAUGAGUCUUCACCUUCCCAUCCCCAAGGUGUAUGGCCCUCCAUUAUCUGGAAGGUGACCCUCUCCACAGGCACUCUGUUUCUGCUGGUGGGAAUGGCCGCCCUGACCACAGGCUGGCUGGUGCCCCCCAGGCUGGAGGGCAUCGAGGAAGAGGAUCUGGUGGUGCUGGACGUGCAGGCCAUGCGCUACAACCACGUGCUGAGUGUGUGCCGGCUGCUGGGCACGGCGCUGUGCAUCACAGCUGCAGUGCUGGGUGCUGUGGGGCUGCUCUGCUGUGUGCUGGGCAGAGGUCGGGGUGGCCCCAAGAAGACGAACAGCAGCUGUCACCCAUCCUGCAGAGCAGCCCCCAGGGCCCCAUGGUGCCCUUCGGUGCCUCCCAGCUCCACGGUGUUCAGCCCCGGCAGGAGGUGUGAGUGCACAGGGUGCACUGCUGCUGCUAGCUCAGAUCCAGCCUGGACUCAACUAGAUCCCACCUUGGACCCCUUCCUGGCACCCAGAUGGCCGACCCUGGAUCCCAGCUGUGCCACGGGGACUCACUGCCAUCAGUGCCAUCCCCCACUUGCGAGGGUCCUGUGCACCGUCAGCCACCACCAGGUCCUGGCCCAGGACACCCCAGCAGAGGACUGCAGCUCCUCCACCUGCUCCCCAGCCAUGGGGACAGACAGGCACAGCCACCAGCUGCAAAUGCCCGAUGCUGCCAGGAGCUUGCAGUGGGAGCUCUGCCCCCAGCACAGCACCCUGCCCUGCAGCCCCACGCGUUCAUCCACACUGCAGCCCCUGGGAUGGAGCAGACGUUCCGCACCCGCCUUGGUUUCCUUCAUUUUGCUCUUUCUGGGGUGAAUAAAAGAUGCGUGGCUGUGGGCUGUUCUUGCUGCUGAGGCUCAGCUCCGGGGCAAUGAGUGUUGUGUAUGGGGGAUGCGUGCUGCAGCAGCAGUGCAUCAGAGCUGGGCAGGGCUGUUACAACACAGAGCUUGCACUGCCAGGCACAGACACCCACCUGCCCCUCACUGCCCCAAGGGUUGCUGCACAACACCCAAGAUCAUUUUCUUUUCCUCAGUGAAGACAACUGAGUACAAAUACCCUGCCAGGCUGGGAACAGCCCUGUGCCAACACAAGGGACUGAGCCCACCAAGAGGUCUGUGCAGCUCCCAGAUGCAGCUCUCCAGCCCACAGAACCCCCAAGCAUCCCUUGCUUCCUUGAGGAAGGGGCCGCAGGGCCUCUGCUUUCACAUUCCUUCUGAAGGGCUGAGGGCACUAUUAAGAAAAUUGCUCCUCCAGAGGAAGUCAGAGCAAGCUAAAAAUAACCCUGGCUGAGCUGGUAAACACGGCCACCAGCCUCAUGCAGAGCACAGGGACACCACAGAGGGGCACAGUGCCCAGCAGCGUGGGAUCUCCUCCUGGCCGGGCAGCCAGCCCCAGGCACACAAUGGGCUGCUGGGUCAGGCUAUUUCCAUCCCUGUGCUGCCAGCCAUGCUGCUGGCGUGGGGAAGGCUGGGAGAGCCAAGGGCAAAAGCGCAUGCUGGCAUUCCAGAGCCGUGGGCAGAGGGAGGGCAGCAGCACAAAGGCACCCAGCUGGCUCC